CACACAAACUUCAUCAAUCCCUUUGCAUUUGCGAAAUUGCAGUGAUCAACGUUCUAUGCAGCAGAAAGGGAGAUCAUUCAAUAGCAGAUCGAGGUCGUUCUCAAGAGCUCGCGUUGCCAUCGAGGGUUCAUAGUCAUCAUCUCAAAUACCCAUCGAACCAAACCUCCGAUUUUCUCGCAAAUCCUUUGUUUCUUGUUCUAAAUACUAUUUUCGUCUCGUUUUUAAUCCUCAUUUCUCGAAAACCUCGUCAUUUCUCGUCAAAAAUCUCUUGCAAUGGCUGCUGUUGUUAAUGGAGAAGAACGUGAGAUUCAGAAGAACUACUGGGUUGAGCACUCCGUCGACCUUACUGUUGAGGCUAUGAUGCUUGAUUCUAUGGCAUCGGAUCUUGAUAAAGAAGAGAGGCCUGAGGUACUGUCGCUACUCCCACCCUAUGAAGGGAAGUGCAUCCUCGAACUAGGAGCUGGUAUUGGUCGUUUUACUGGCGAAUUAGCCAAGAAGGCGGGGAAGGUCAUAGCCUUGGAUUUCAUUGAAAGUGUGGUAAAGAAGAAUGAAAGCAUCAAUGGACACCAUGAAAAUGUCAAAUUUAUGUGUGCUGAUGUUACAUCACCGGACCUAAACUUCCCAGCUGAAUCAAUGGAUCUGAUUUUCUCAAACUGGUUAUUGAUGUACCUUUCUGAUAAAGAGGUUGAAUCUAUUGCUGAAAGACUUCUGAAAUGGGUGAAGGUUGGAGGACAUAUUUUUUUCAGAGAGUCAUGCUUUCACCAAUCUGGAGACCAUAAGCGAAAGCACAACCCAACACACUACCGUGAACCUAGAUUUUACACCAAGUUGUUUAAGGAAUGUCACAUGUCCGAUGCAUCCGGUAAUUCUUAUGAACUCUCUCUUGUUGGAUCCAAAUGCAUUGGAGCUUAUGUUCGCAACAAGAAAAAUCAAAAUCAGAUCUGCUGGAUAUGGCAGAAGGUGAAUUCAGAGGACGAUAAGGGCUUCCAGCGAUUCUUGGAUAAUGUCCAGUACAAAAGUAGUGGCAUACUGCGCUAUGAACGCAUAUUUGGACAAGGGUUUGUGAGCACAGGAGGAAUAGAUACCACAAAAGAAUUUGUUGCACAGCUGGAUCUCAAGCCCGGCCAGAAAGUGUUAGAUGUUGGAUGUGGCAUCGGGGGAGGCGACUUCUACAUGGCCGAGAACUUUGACGUUGAGGUUGUUGGCAUCGAUCUUUCUGUGAAUAUGAUCUCUUUUGCUCUUGAGCGGGCAAUUGGGCUCCAAUGUUCAGUUGAAUUCGAGGUUGCUGAUUGUACCAAGAAAUCAUAUCCAGAUAAUACAUUCGAUGUGAUCUAUAGCCGUGACACGAUCCUCCAUAUUCAAGAUAAACCUGCAUUGUUUCGAACCUUCUACAAGUGGUUGAAACCGGGUGGCAAAGUUCUCAUCAGUGAUUACUGCCGAAAAUCUGGAACGCCAUCUCAAGAGUUUGCAGAAUACAUCAAGCAAAGAGGAUAUGAUCUCCAUGAUGUAGAAACUUAUGGGCAGAUGCUUAAAGAUGCUGGCUUUGGAGAAGUGACAGCAGAGGAUCGAACAGAUCUGUUCCAGGAGGUCCUUAAGAGGGAACUAGAAAGAGUGGAGAAGGAAAAGGAAGAAUUCAUCCAAGAUUUUUCUGAAGAAGACUACAACGAUAUCGUUGGUGGUUGGAAGGCGAAGCUGGUGAGAACGGCUUCCGGAGAGCAGAGAUGGGGGUUGUUCAUCGCGAAAAAGAAGUGAUUGCAGUGUGGAAUAUCCAUAUUUCUAGUGGUUUUUGAGUUACGAACCCAAUCUUUAAAUAAAAAAGGACUGGUGCUAAGGCUCAGAUAUCUUGUGGGGUUGUAAUCUAAGUACUUUGUGUGACUGUAUUGUAGAAUUACUGUUAUUGGAUGUUGAUGCUUAAUGGAUUCAGGUGUGGUUUCUAAGAUGUUAAA